AUGUGGAGGAGUUUUGCCAAGAGUGUUACUUCAAGGAAGUUUAAGCUCUUUUCCGAUUCUCAUAUUCAUUCUUCUUCUUCCACUUCUCCUAGAGAUACUAAUUUUCUUAGAAAAUAUAGGCCAGAUACGUCUCGGGCUACUGAGAAUUCAUGGUUCCCGUUACCGAGUUUUCAUCGAUUUGGGAUAAUAUCGUCUCAGGAUAACAUUUUGGGACAACCCAGUUUGCUGAAUUUGUCAAGUAACAUUUUUGGUACUUAUGGUUUUAAAGGUUACGCAAAUGUUGCCAAGGCCAUUGCUUCUACUGAUGCUGAGGACGAUUCCUCGGGUUCUGACGAGGUUCAGGAGUUGUUAGACGAGAUGGAUAAGGAGAACAAGGUGGAUUCCUACUUUAAGGGGCUGAAGAAAAUGGUCGCAAGAAUGGGAAUCACGAAACACCACAUUCUUAGGAGGCGGCAGAUAAAAAUGGAGACAGAGGCGUGGGAAGAGGCUACCAAAGAGUACCAAGAGCUUUUAACGGACAUGUGUGAGCAGAAACUUGCACCCAAUUUGCCUUAUGUGAAGUCAUUGUUCCUUGGUUGCUUUGAGCCUUUGUGGAAUGCCUUUGCGGAAUAG